AAACUUUUAAUACGACUGCUGAGUGCUGUGUUUAGUGUCUACCCAUAACAAUACGCAAUUUUCGAUAUCGUUGAAUUGUUUUCUUUUUGUUUGUAAAUACUUUAUCAAACUUUUCAUAAAUUCGACGUUAAGAUAUCGAACUCUUACGGGCGAAAGAUAAAGAAAAUCGACAGCAAUUUAUCUAUAUUGCAGAUAAGCGGAGGUAAAAUACAUUUUUCAAUACUGUAUUACGUGAAUAGCAACGAUGAUAGAUUCAUGGUCGAUGGGUCCCGGUACAUUAGAAGUACCAUUGUCGUUGUUUGCUAAAAACAGACAAAGGCUUGCAGAAAAACUUCAGAGUGGACAAGUUGUUGUGUUACAAGGAGGUGACAGCAUCAGCCAUUAUGACACUGAUAUUGAGUAUGUUUUCAGACAGGAAGCAUAUUUUACUUGGGUGUGUGGUGUUCGUGAGCCUGGCUGCUUCUUUGCCUUAGAUGUCAAAACCGGAAAGGCACAUUUGUUUGUGCCAAGGCUACCAGAAGAAUAUGAAGUUUGGAUGGGUAAACUACUCACACCAUCAGAGUUUAAGAAAAUAUAUGGAGUUGAAGAAGUUCAUUAUGUAGAUGAGCUUACAGAUGUACUGAAAUCCCUAAAACCUGAUGUCUUACUCACUCUUAGUGGGCCCAAUUCGGACAGUGGCUUAACAGCUAAAGAAGCAGUAUUUGAGGGUAUUGAUGAAUUCAACGUAGACAAUGAAAUUCUAUUUCCGAUUAUUGCUGAACUACGAGUGAUAAAGACUCCGGAGGAGAUUGAAGUAAUGAGAUAUGUCUGCAAAAUAUCGUCAGAUGCACAUAAACAGGUGAUGCUGUUCACGCGGCCCGGCCUCAUCGAGUACCAGUGCGAGUCCGUGUUCCUGGACCACUGCUACCGCGUGGGCGGCUGCCGGCACGUGUCGUACACCUGCAUCUGCGGCUCCGGACACAACGGCGCCACGCUGCACUACGGACACGCCGCCGCGCCCAACGCCAAGAUGGUGCACGACGGCGACAUGUGUUUGUUCGACAUGGGCGGCAACUACGCAGGCUACGCCGCGGACAUCACGUGCUCCUUCCCCGCCAACGGCAAGUUCACUGACGACCAGAAGUUGAUCUACGAAGCUGUACUUAAAGCCCGAGACGCAGUCGUCAGGGAAGCGAAGCCGGGAGUGCUUUGGACUGAUAUGCAUUUGACAGCUAAUCGUGCAAUGUUGGAGCAUUUGAAAGAAGGCAACUUACUGAAAGGAGAUGUGGAGAAGAUGAUUGAGCACGGCGUUAACGGUAUCCUCCAGCCACACGGUCUCGGUCACCUGCUGGGCCUGGACGUGCACGACGUGGGGGGAUACCUGCCGCACUGCCCGCCCAGAGAGCGAGGCCCGCUCGCUAGACUGCGGACAGCUCGCGCUUUGCAGGCAGGCAUGGUCCUUACCAUAGAGCCUGGCUGCUACUUCAUAGCGAGACUUCUGGACGGAGCUCAGAAGAACCCGCAGCAAUCGCAAUUCUUCAAUUGGGAUAGAGUUAAUCAAUUCAGAGGGUUUGGAGGAGUUCGCAUCGAGGAUGAUGUACUCAUUACAGAAAACGGAGUUGAAAAUUUAACUUUCGUACCAAGAACUGUCGAAGAAAUUGAAGAUUUUAUGGCAAAUGGUGCAAACUUCAAAUAAAUAAACAAUUAAUCUUAUACAUAAUCAACAAAGCAUUAUAAAUGUAUGGAAAAAAUCAUUAUUAAUGAUAGUAAAUGUACAAAAUUUUUGAGACUGUAUUAUAUAUUAUGUAAAUUAAA